AUGGAAAAACAACAGUGCGUCAUCGCGCAGGAUGACGGUAAGAAGGCGAAUUUGAGCAUACAGUGGAAUCGUUGGUUGUUGACAUCGAUCGGUGCCUGGCCAAAUUUAAGCAAGUCGAGAAUAGGAAAAUGUUAUUCUUUGUUGAUCAAUAUUAUUUGUUACGGUUUGAUCGGUUUUAUGCUCGUGUCUUGUAGCAUGUUUUUGAUGAUGGAAAUCAAGAAGGUAUAUAACAGAAUCAAAAUGAUUGGUCCAUUGAGUUUCUUCUUGAUGACAUUCAUGAAAUAUUAUUUGCUAUUAUUCCAUGAAAAUGAUAUACGUGAAGGUAUCGAAUGCAUCGAAUGGGACUGGAAGAACGUGAAACAUCAAGAAGACAGGAAUAUCAUGAUCGCGUAUGCGAAUUAUGGAAGAAAAUUAAUAUUUAUUUGCAUAUUUUUCAUGUAUAGUGCAUUUGCAUUUUACUAUCUAGUCUUACCGUUUAGCGUGGGGAAAAUAGAAGAUGGAAAUUUGACGUUUAUUCAAUUACCAUUUCCUUCGUCGAGUUUGAUCGCUGAUGUACAUUACAGUCCUUACAAUGAAAUCGUAUUGUCCGUUCAAAUUCUGACAGGUGUUGUGAUGCACGCUAUAACAUCGGCAGCUUGUAGUAUAGCCGCUGUAUUCGCAGUGCAUGCAUGUGGACAAAUGCAGGUGUUGAUGAACUGGUUGGAUCAUUUAGUGGAUGGCCGAUCGGAUAUGAGCAAGGCUAUAGAUGACAGGAUUGCAAAUAUUAUAAUUCAACAUGAUCGAAUAUUGAAAUUUUUGGCACUUACAGAAAAAGCGCUUCAGCAAAUAUCUUUUGUAGAAUUUUUAGGUUGUACUGCGAAUAUGUGUCUUCUCGGAUAUUAUUUAAUAGUGGAAUGGAAUCCGAAAGAAAUAAUACUUUCAGUAACUUACGUAGCUUUAAUCAUAUCUAUCACUUUCAAUAUCUUCAUAUUUUGUUAUAUAGGCGAUUUGGUUGCCGAACAGUGUCAGAAAGUCGGUGAAAUGGCGUAUAUGAUCGAAUGGUAUCGAUUAACAGGCAAAAAAAAACUUUGCUGCAUUUUGAUCAUUGCAAUGUCCAAUUCAUCGGUAAAAUUUACAGCUGGAAAUAUGGUUGAAUUAUCCAUCUAUACUUUUAGCGAUGUCAUUAAAACAUCGGUGGCUUUCUUAAACAUGUUUCGAGCAUUGACUUGA